AUGAAGUACAACUACCAUAUUCCAGUGUCAACGUACACGCGGCAUUCUCAGUACACACAAACCUACCACACCCCUACACAGUAUGCAUCCAGUCACUACACACCAUCAUACUCUUCUUCUGCAUCUAAAUACACCCCACCCCAGUACAAGAGCGCACAUCACAUCCCAUCAUACUACACACCUUCCUAUAAGUCUACAUCAACGUACAUCCCUUCCCGGUACAGCUCAACACGGCACACCCAAGCACGGGAAAAUCCGCCUCCUGUGAUACCCAUCACACCCCCCAAGAGAACUGUGCACUUUCCCAAUGACAUCAUCUUCCAGGAUGUUGUUAGACACGGAGAGUUGGAACAAAUUGGUCGCUUCAUCAGAACAAGGAAAGUUCACGUGGAUACGCUUUUUCACUCAGGUAUGGCGGCGCUGCACGAAGCGGUGCUGACCGGAAACCUGGAGGUGGUGAAGCUGCUGGUCAAGUACGGCGCUGAUGUCCAUCAGAGGGACGAGGAUGGCUGGACACCUCUUCACAUGGCCUGCAGUGACAGUUUUCCCGAAAUUGCUAGCUACCUCCUUUCGGUGGGAGCCAGCGCAGACGUAGAAAACGAAAGCGGAGAGAAGCCGGCCGACCUCAUUGACCCUGACUGCACGGAGUUGUCCAAACUGUUCGAGGCUGGCUGCAUGUCAUUUGGCACGUCUUAG